GGUUGGAGUUUCAUCAUGGCGCAGUGGCUUUGGUGUGAAGGAACCUUCCUUGCGGUCUUGGUUGCCACGGUUGUGGCACAGAAAGCGAUGCCCCCUGAUCCCAUUAUAAAUCUCAUGAGUACUGACACUAAGUGCCAGAUGUUGGAGAAAGUUCCCUGUGGCUUCUUGGGAAUCAGCCCUGAGAACUGUGAAGCCAUUGGCUGCUGUUUCGAUGGGCAGCAGUGUUAUUAUGGGAAUGUUGUGACUGUGCAGUGUACCAGGGAUGGUCAGUUUGUGGUGGUGGUCUCCAAGGAUUCUACUGUACCUCAACUGGACCUGACCACCAUCUCCACAUUAGGAGGGAACGAGGUGCCUUGCAGCCCUGUGGUCUCCACUGGUUCCUUUGUCAUCUACAACUUCCCAGUAACGACCUGUGGUACCGUUGCGACGAUGGCUGGGGACUAUCUCAUUUAUGAGAACAAGAUGACUUCAUCUUAUGAAGUUGGUGUUGGACCCUUGGGCUCCAUCACAAGGGACAGUACCUUUGAGCUCUUGUUCCAGUGCAAGUAUCUGGGCUCUGAGCUCGUUUCCCUGAUGGCUGACGUGUACACCGUUGCCCCACCGCCUCCCGUAGCUGCUCCUGGACCCCUGAGGGUGGAACUGAGACUGGCAAAUGGCCAGUGCAAUACAAAAGGAUGCGAUGAAGAGGUCUCUGCCUACUCCUCCUACUAUGAGGAUAGUGACUACCCGGUUACCAAGGUGCUGCGGCAGCCUGUGUACGUUGAGGUGCGCAUCCUGGGCAGGACUGACCCCAACAUUGUCCUGCUUCUGGAGAACUGUUGGGCGACGUCGACCCCCGAUCCGCUCGGCGUGCCUCAAUGGAACCUCAUAGUUAAUGGGUGCCCCUACCAGGGUGACAAGUACCUGACCGCCUUGGUUCCGGUGGAUGGUUCCUCUGGGCUUUCCUUCCCGACUCACUACAAGAGGUUCAUCUUCAAGAUGUUCACGUUUGUGGAUCCUGCCUCUCUGCACCAUCUGGAGCAGAAGGUGUUCAUCCACUGCAGUACAGCUGUGUGCCACCCCUCCGCUACAGACAACUGUGAACAGAGAUGCUUCAGGAAAAGGAGAGAUGUUGGUGCAGUACAGAAAACGUCAAACCAGACCAGAAUCAUUGUUUCCAGCUAUGAAGUGAUCAUGACUGCUGAGAUUGCUAAACCAGUUAUGAUGCAGUCCAAAGGUGAAGGACCCCGGAGUAUCGCUUAUGGAACCCUGGCAGUGGUGGUCUCUGCUGUGCUUGGGGUGUUCGUCUCGGUGCUGGUUGUCGUACGCCGGUUGUGCCGCCGUCGGCGGGAACGGUGUGACUCUUCCCAAUAAAAGCUUAAUUUCUCCAA